UUUAAGGACUUUUGCUCAUAAUCGUUGAACGCGCGCCACAGAAGUAUGCGCAGGCGCUGUGUUACACAGUUACUGAACUACAGCAGUAAAGAAAGGAAGUGAAUGGUGGGAUGGCAUCAUCUAGACCUGCGCCAGUUAAAAUUGGGAUCAUUGGAGGAUCAGGUCUAGAUGAUCCUGACAUCUUGGAAGGAAGGAUAGAAAAAGAUGUUAACACCCCAUUUGGCAAGCCCUCUGAUGUUUUAAUCCAAGGAAAAAUAAAGAAUGUGGAUUGUGUACUUCUUGCAAGGCAUGGAAGGCAACACACUAUUUCACCAACUAAUGUAAACUUCCGUGCAAACAUCUGGGCCCUAAAGGAAGAAGGCUGCACUCAUUUGUUGGUAACAACAGCCUGUGGUUCACUGCGAGAAGAGAUUCAGCCAGGUGACAUUGUCCUUAUAGACCAGUUUAUUGACAGGACAACAAAACGUGCUCAAACUUUUUAUGAUGGGAGCCCAUCCUGCCUGUCUGGAGUCUGCCACAUUCCUAUGGCAGUGCCGUUCUGCACUAGAACACGAGAGGUUCUUUCAGAAGUUGCAAAGAAACUGGGAAUUAAACACCAUCCAAGAGGAACCAUGAUUACAAUUGAGGGACCACGUUUCUCGUCUCGUGCAGAAAGCCUGAUGUUUCGGCAGUGGGGUGCUGAUGUAAUCAAUAUGACCACAGUUCCUGAAGUAUGCCUGGCACGGGAAGCAGGGAUUUGUUACUCAAGUGUUGCUAUGGCAACAGACUAUGACUCCUGGAAAGAACAUGAAGAAGCAGUAUCUGUAGAUAAAGUGCUAAAGACAAUGAAGGAAAAUGCAAAUAAGGCUUCCAGUAUGCUUCUUUCUGCAAUUCCUCAAAUUGCAUCAAUGGACUGGACAGAAACUCUGGAAAGCUUAAAAACUGGUCUGCAGUGUUCAGUCAUGUUGCCAAAGAACUCAACUUCCUCAUAGUCUACCUCGCAGUAGUCAGAAGAAGAAUUCUCCUGGAAUUUCAAUAACCACAUAUUGAAAGAAAAUUUACUUUUGCUAUAUAUUUACUAUCUAGAUCGCUGCACAGUGUAUACCAAAAUUUAAGGCAGUGCCUAAUGUACAAGUACACUAAUAGUAUACAUAAUUUCAUAUUGUUUAAUAAACAAUUGAUCUUCUGAAAGACUACAUUUGAAAUAAGUGAAUGAAGUAUUAAUAAAAAUUGCUUGCUGUCCA